CACGUACACAUGUCCAUCAUUAUUUAUAUCAUUCUAUGGAAAAGAAAGCGUUGACUUUGAGAGAAUAUAUGCACAUAAUCUCCCUCCCACGCUCCAUCUUCCUAAAAUGUUAAUCAGUAGGAGCCUCGCUGCGCACCUCCAUACGUGUUUCCUCCUCCUCAUCCUCCUCGCCUUCGGCCUCCCGGAGAUCGUCCCCGUGGUCCUUGGUGACGUCGGCACAGCUUCUCACUAUACCCCUCCAUACCAGCCGACGGAAUGCUAUGGCGGGGACCCGUCGCAGUUCCCGUCGAGCAACCUGUUCGCGGCGGCGGGCGACGGGGUGUGGGACAACGGGGCGGCGUGCGGGAGGCAGUACCUGGUGCGGUGCAUCAGCGCGUCGAAGUCCGGCACCUGCAUCCCUGAACGCACUAUCCAGAUCAAGAUUGUCGACUACGCCCUCUCGUCCACGUCCGCAGCCGCCACCUCCAAGCAGUCCGUUGCCGGCGCCACCUUGGUCCUGUCUCAGACCGCUUUCGGAGCCAUUGCCAAUUCCUCCGUGACUUCGAUCAACGUCGAGUUUCAACAGGUCUGAUCAAAGAUUCUGGAGAAACUCUGCUCUGGCGACGCCUCAACCUUGAAAGGACGAAGCUGCGAUUGAUCAAUUGCUUUGAUUGGUCGUUGAAAAUUCAUAUUUUCUUUUUUCUUUUUUUGCCCGUUAAUUUUGGUCUUUUCUGUGGCUUUGCAACACGUUUGUCAAUUUUUCGAUUUUCUACAAUCGCACGUCAUUUCAUGUGUAUCAAUCAAAUCGAAGAUAGGGACAGAUUUUUCGUGUGAGAGAAGGUGUGGGACGUGAAUUUCCAGGAGGCUACCUCGGAUUUUUGGAGGCUUCUCUAUGGCUGGUCCACGUUUUCGGUGCAAAAGGGGAGUAAUUGUCGCACCUAACAUGGGUACCUACUUACGCAAUUGCUUUAAUUUCUCUCAACUAAACCAACUAUAAAAUAUCCUCUCUUUAAGAUGAA